UUUGCUGUAACUUCUGCCACGACUGUUUUUCUCCUCAGAGCUAUCGCGAUGCGGGUUCUUUCACUAGAACAUUUCAAGCGAGGGAUCGUUUCCAACGAAAUUUUUCAUUGCGGAUUGAUGUUCAUCGGAAUCGUAAUACUACAAGCUUGGCCGAAUGAAGGCACCUCGCAGAGCAAGACAUCACAAUCAAAUACAACGGCAUUGUAUCAGUAUGAACCAGUAGGUUGUUUCAAAGAUAAAAGAAAUCGACGCGUUCUGCCAGUAGAAGUCAAAACGUUCUCUGACAUGAUCAACGAAUCAGAUUUGGCCAGUUCAUACGCAGCCAUAAUUCACGCGUGUGCUACCGAAGUGUACAAGAACGAUUUCUGGUAUUUUGGCGUGGAAUAUCGCCACCAGUGCUGGAGUGGGGUGAACGGUGCCAUGACGUACAACCGACAUGGCCGAUCCGACAAUUGUUUAUCGAAUUAUGGCGUGGGAGCUACAUGGACCAUAUUUGUUUACCGCUUUGUUGAAGUGAAUGGCAGUUGGAGCCAGUGGUCGCCAUGGCAACCAUGCAGCGUGACGUGUGGAGGGGGAAACAGGACACGUGCCCGCACUUGCUCUAAUCCAGCGCCAAAAUGGAACGGUAUGGAUUGCCCAGGUACAAAUAUCUCCACAGAGAGCUGCAAUUUGCACAAAUGUAAAGUGAAUGGCAGCUGGAGCCAGUGGUCGCAAUGGCAGCCAUGCAGCGUGACGUGCGGAGGGGGAAAUAGGACACGUACUCGCACAUGCUCUAAUCCAGCGCCAAAAUAUAAUGGACAGGGUUGCCCUGGGACAAAUAUCUCCACAGAGAGCUGCAGUUUACAAAAAUGUAGAGAUACAACGGCACUGCAUCCGUAUGAACCAGUCGGUUGUUUCAAAGAUAAAAGAUAUCCACGCGCUCUACCAUUAUCAAUCGGAAAGUACUCUGUCAACGAGACAGAUUUGGCCAAUUCAUUCGCCGACAUAAUUCACGCGUGUGCUACUAAAGUGUAUGAGAAUGGCUUCUGGUAUUUUGGUGUGGAAUAUCGCCACGAGUGCUGGACUGGAGUGCACGGUAACAUAACAUACAACAGAUAUGGGCGAUCCGGCAAAUGUUUAUCGAAUUAUAGCGUGGGAUCUGAAUGGACCAUAUUUGUUUACCGCUUUGUUGAAGUGAAUGGCGGUUGGAGUCAGUGGUCAUCAUGGCAACCAUGCAACGCGACAUGUGGAAGAGGACACAGGACACGUGCUCGCAUAUGCUCUAAUCCAGCACCAAAAUGGAACGGAAAGGAUUGUCCUGGGACAGAUAUCUCCACAGAGAGCUGCAAUUUGCACAAAUGUAAAGAUUCUACAGGAGAUGAUAUUCUCUACAACAAUGAGACUUAUCAUGGUCAGGGCACUGGGGAAUCCUCUCUGCCGCUGGUAGCGAUGAUUGUGGGCGGCUCGCUCUUGGCUUUGCUAUGUUUAAGUGGAAUAUUAUGGUUUGCUUUUAGACAUCGUAGAAAGAGUCUAUCCAAUUCAGAACUCUUCCAGGAUCCGUGGGAAAUCCUAUUUGAUGAAAUUUCCUUGAAUAGGAUAAUUGGAGAAGGGGCUUUCGGGAAAGUAUACAGUGGCAGGCUUAUGAAGCAAACUAUGGAGGUUGGAAAGGGACGGAUUUCUUCGCAGCGUAAAACGGAUAAGGAACAGCAGGAAAUGAAGAUGGGCCUGGCCGUUGCUGUGAAAAUGUUGCAAAAUGGUGCCACGGAAGAACAAAUGCAAGAAUUCCUAGAGGAAAUAAUGCUUAUGAAACAAAUCGGAUAUCACCAGAACAUAUUGAAUUUAUUGGCCUGCUGUACUAUGACAAAUCCCAUGUUCCUUGUAGUCGAGUUUGCAAAGAAUGGGGAUUUACUUCAAUACCUCAGGAAAAGAAGAGAGCAGAUCAAACAAGCUUUUGAAGCGACGGGAGAAGCAGCGCCCCAACUCUCAGUAUAUCAAAACAGAGGUGUCAUAAAUGAAGGCAACUUAUAUGAAUGCACCAGCAACAAAACCAGAUCUGCAACAUUAGCUGUCAAAACUGAUACUGACAACUUCCAUGACGAUAAUACUCUGGCACCCGCUGACCUAAUGACGUUCGCAUGGCAGAUAGCAAAGGGAAUGGAGUUUCUGUCGCGGAAAGGAUUCGUCCAUCGUGACCUGGCGGCGAGAAAUGUUCUCGUUUGUGAAGGCAAGCUAGUGAAGGUAGCUGACUUUGGAUUGUCGCGUAACGUGUACGUUGGGAAAAUGUACCAUUCUACAAAGUCCAGAAAACUACCAAUCAAAUGGAUGUCACCGGAAGCCAUUCAUGAUCAAGUGUUCAACGCAGAGAGUGACGUGUGGGCGUAUGGUAUUCUGCUUUGGGAGAUUUUCACAAUCGGUGGGACGCCAUAUCCUUCGAUAAGCAAUCAUAAACUCUUUGGAGCUCUUAAAGCUGGAUACAGAAUGGAAAAACCACAGAUAUGCUCGGAUGAGAUGUAUGAAUUGAUGCGACAGUGUUGGAAAGAAAAUCCCGCUCAAAGGCCAUCAUUCACUGACAUCCGGGAACAACUGGAACGGAUUAUGCUACACCAUUGUCCUUAUUUGGAUAUGGCUGACGCGAAGUAUAGUUACGCGCCCUGUUAUGACGUUGACAGUGACGAAGAAACGGAACUGGAAAAUACUGCCGUGUAACUUACAUGCUUAUCUGCGUGAAAGAUUUUUCGACUUGAUGAGAAGUCGGCAUUUUGUAUGUACGUUUCUCCGCAGUACAAAUUAAUUUAGGCCCUUAACAGGAUAAAAUAGGGGUUCGCUUAUUUUGUUUUCGUUCUAAACAUACCAAGAUUAUUUUGAAUUUUAUAGAUACCCCUCAGCUUGCCUUGCAAGAUGAUAUUUGUUUUCACUGGCUCUGAUGUCAUGAUAUCAAAUGACGUCGAAGCAUAGCCAUAUUGGAUCCUCCAUCUCACAUUUCACCACUUUCCCUGGUAGUCCAGAAAAUGAAUUAAUACAAAGCAAAAAGGCACAUCUAUAGCUAGUAUUUUCAGUUCUUUAUUUUAUUCCUCUUGAUCUUCAUUUAACUUAGAAUUGUUCAAAGAACAUGACUCUGAUGUAAAGUAACUGCCAUGAUUCUUCUAUUUUCUUCUUAUUGUUAUUGUCCCCAGAAAUGAUCGCGGGCGAAUGUAUGGGCCCUUUCCUCCAGGGGGCUUAUCAUUUAAAACUAGCCAAUAGACUUGGAGGCAGCGUGGCCGAGUGGUUAGGGCACUGGGCUUGAAACUCAGAGGUCGC